AUGAGCACCGCAGUCGUGGCAGCCAUCACAGUCACCGCUCCCACCGAGAAGACGACGAUCGUCACCGGCACGAACAUCGUGAGCGAGAAAGGGGAGAUCACGGCCGGGACCGCGACAGACAUCAUGACAAGAAGUCUCGCCAUGAUCAGCCAAAAGGGGGGCCGGACGACAGAGAUAGGGAUAGGUACUCGAGUCGCCACAGCCGUCACAACCACCGUGAAGACCUGCAGCAUCGAGAGCGUCCGGGGCACGGAGGUGGACGCGCAUCUCAUGACGAAAAGCGGUCUCGGCAUCGCAGCAGAGAGAGAUGUGUCUCGAAAGCCAGCGACCACUGUCAUCGGAGUGAUGACAGAUCGCAACGUGAUACACAGCGGUCGGCGGGACAGCCACAAUGACAUAUACCGCGAGGCUGUGGGUGACAGUGACGACGCGCUGUUUGCGCUCGAUACGCGCGGUGAUCGUCUCAUUUGGCAAUUUGGGACGAACGACGCACGCCGCGUGCCAUCUUACCAUCGCUACAGACAUGGCCGCAGUAUCUUAGGCGCGCGGGAACGGUUUACCUUUGUUCAAGACGGCUCCAAGGUGAUAUUCGGUGCUGAAUCGAAAUCUGCUGAAGGAUCUGUCUUCAGUGAUAAGAACAACUCUCUGCUGCGCCGCGUCCUACAGAGCUCGACCAAAUCAGAACCAAGUCGCGAACAUGGUGUGUCCCUAAGGCGUCGAAAACCAGCCGUCAUGUUCAAAAACGACAAUGAGGCGGCAAAGGAAAGCGAGUUCGUCUCUCUGCGUACUACCAAGAAGCGGAGACGUGGACCAGAAUCUGAAAGCGAUGACGACGAGGCCGACUCUAGUCAGAGUACCAACAGCGAUGAGGAAGAUGAUUCUGAAUCCUCCUCCGCCUCGUCAGACGACGGCUUGGAUGCAGAAGAAGAUGGCUUUUUCACCGCGAGGGAUGACGCACACAGCACAACCAGAAGAAAGCUUGCCGAACUAAACCAGCGGGUGAAGGACGACCCUCAAGACGUCGACGCAUGGCUAGAUCUUGUCGACCUUCAAGAUCAGCAAAGCCUUCUCCUUGGAAACGACCAUGGCGAUCAAAUCUUAGGAACCAGCGGUGGACCUGCUAAAACUAAAGAAGAGAUCUCUGGUAUUUCGUCGGUGAAGAUGUCAAUUAUCGAGUCAGCCCUUCGGCAGGUCCACUCCCCAUCUGCACGCGAACGACUAGAGCUUGCGAUGAUGCGAGAGGGGGCCAAAGUAUGGACACCGAAGCGUCUGGCACAGCAAUGGGCCGAUCUGGCCCGAAACAAUGCUUCUGGGAGCGGCCUGAGCUUUCUGCUGUGGAAAGCUCGCCUUGACUUCGAGAUGACCAACUUGUCUACGUUGACGGUUGAUGGUAUCAAGCUCUUUUGCGUAGAGCGCUUGCGGGCACUGGAAGUCGAAGCGACUGCUCUCACGAACGACGCUGCAAAAGGGGCCGAAAUCUACUCCCAAAUCAUUUACGUCUUCCUGCGUGUAACUCGAUUCAUGUACGAUGCUGGCUUUAGAGAUCUUGCAGCUGCGGCAUGGCAAGCAACUCUGGAGUCAUCCUUUGCACGGCCGUCUACGGAAGUUGAGGGUGCCAGCCUUGGCCAGUUCUGGGACAGCGAAAUCCAACGCAUUGGCGAAGAGGGGGCACAAGGGUGGCGAAGCUAUGCGGCCAAAAUACAAGCUGGCGAAGACGCCGAGGAGGCCCUGUUGGACUACAAUGUAGAAACCCAAAGCCUCCCAACUCUGGACUUUGCAAAGCUUGCAAAAUCUGCGUACCGGGAGGAGGCCAGCGACAUGGACGAGUACAAACCUCUCUUUGAAGCAUGGGUGGUUGCUGAACGACAACGGGCAAAUUUUGCCAAGCUUCCGGCGAGAGUCAUUGACGACAUUGACGACGGUGGGUUCGAAGACGUCUUUCGUGUCGCCGUCUUCUCGGACCUCCGUGCGCUUUUAUUUCACAUCCCAGACUCCCUACUGCCCAUAUUAAAGCCGGUCCUGGUCGACGCAUUCCUGCUCUUCUGCCAACUCGCGCCGGCAUUUUCCACGAGCAGUUGGAUUGAGACCGCCCGCAACGAUCCUUUCCUUGCUAUUGUUGUCCUCUCAGGAGAAGGUGGUGUGAACGGUAUAAAACUUGAAGCCCCACAGGAGGGCCCGGUGGAUGAUCUCGACACCGCGGGUCGGAGCCCGCCGGAACUGUUUUACGACGGCAGCCACAUUGUCAGGACCUCCGACGUGCUCUUCUCACAUCCUCGCUGGUUCCGAUAUUUGCCCGACUGGCUCCGCCAGCAAAACCCAGCUGCUGUAGAGGCACCGGUGCCACCUUCAUGGGUGGCCAAUACACUACGCCAACUUGUUCGGCUGUUCGGGUUCAACGAACUGGCGUUAUACAGUCUUGCUGUUGAUGCUAUGGUCAACCCGACUGCCGUCAAAAAGGCGGCCCGAACACUCAUCAAGCAAGAUAUAUCAAACACUGCUUUAUACGAGGCAUACGCACAGGCCGAGGCUUCACGCGGGAACGUUGAUGUUGCCCGCACUGUAUUAGCAUCUGCCACUACCGGUACGGGUAUAGCAAAUGUCGAGGCUGAAUUGACCUUGCGCCAAACCUGGGCCUGGAUCGAAUUGGAGAGUGGACAAAAGAACGAUGCGGUCCGUCGUCUUGCCUUGCAGUCUGCCACUCGUGAAGACACCCUACAUACGCCAGUAACGGCCAGGGAAGUAAACCAGCCCAUAUCACCGGCAGAGUCACUACGGCUUCGCCACACGCUUCGUACAGGUAUGGAGUUUGGAAUUUCAGCAGGAUAUGCUCGGCGGGCCGCUCUGUUCGCUCAGUCUUUUGUGCUCUUUGAGUACCUGUCUUCCACGGACCAUGAGAAGGAACUGCCACAGAAACACCAGUCGAAACAAGGAAAUAUAUUAGCUGCCAUGGCUAUUGCGACCACAUUUUCGGAGGAAAUGCAGUCCCGUGGUUAUGCAGCGACCGUCGUUCACGAACAGUUCCUCCAGUGCGUAGCCCGCAUUAUUUACUUCCAUGCCACGCAUGGGGCAUACCGCCCGACCGAUUUACAGGCGCCCCUGCAGAAGAUGGUCACUCUGUUUCCUCAAAACGGCAUCUUCCUGCGUCUAUUUGCUUGGAUCGAUCCGGCAUCGACAUCGGGUUUGUCGCAGCUGCGGCCAGACAACCCCCUCCAGAUGAUUUUGGACACGGUCGUACUUACGCAGGAUAACGAUUGUCCGAGCAGCCGUGCCUUUGUUAUCCGACAUGCCCUGCAGUCGGGCCACGGCCAAGGUCACGCAGCUCGCGCAGCGUUUGAGCGGGCGCUGGGCGGCAGACACGGCAGCAGCGAUUACAACCUCACAUGCUAUGGCAACGCACGGCUCUGGCAAGCAUUUGUCCACCUGACGGCUGUGGAGGCCAUGGCAUCAGCGACUGUGGCGGCCCGCCGCGAUGGCAGGGGUGUCCGGGUGCGUGGCGUGGACAAGAAGAUGGUGGCGCUGGCCAAGGACGUGUACUAUCGCUCCGUACGGGCCUGUCCGGGUGCCAAGGAUGUGCUUCUGGAAGCCUUUGGGCCGAACACGGGGUUGGUGGCAACGUCGUCUGAAGCCGGCAUGUUGCCGAGCGACCUACGGGCAGUGUUUCAAACGGUGGUGGGCAAGGGGUUACGUGUGCAUAUCGAUCUAGUCGAGGCGCAGGAUCGAGUGAGCCAAGCAUUAAACAACCUUUCGAAAUGA